AUGCGUCUAGACAAGCCUCGCGAUCCGAUCGCUGGCCCUGAUGCAGGCCCUGAGGCUCCUUUUCCCAUCAAAGUCAAUGGCAAAGUGGUCAAAGGAUUUGGGCGGGGCAGUAAAGAUUUAGGAAUUCCCACGGCCAACAUCCCCAUCGACGGUCUCAGUGUCGGCGGUAACAGCGAUGUUGAGAGCGGCAUCUACUACGGAUGGGCAGGCCUUGAGGAUCCUCCGGUAGCCCAUGAUGCGCCGGGUCUUUCCCGUGGUAUUUUUCCGAUGGUGAUGAGCAUUGGGUGGAACCCGUUCUACAAGAACGCUGUUCGAUCAGUGGAGGUCCACAUAAUGGCGCCGUUCACGGGAGACUUUUAUGACCAUCAUCUCAAUCUCAUCAUCCUUGGCUAUAUUCGUCCCGAAUAUGACUACAUUAGCAAGGAAAGCCUCAUUGAAGAUAUCCAAACAGACAUUGAGGUUGCUCGACGGAGUCUUGCUCGAGAGGCAUAUGCCAAGUGGACAAAUGAUCCAUAUCUUCAUGAUUUCAAGAAUGCGACUGAUGCGGCCCAGUGA